CAAACACUUGUUAAAUAUAAUCUUUUCUCCUUUUCUAACACUGUCCAGAAUUUCAUCUUUCAAUUUUGCACCUACGAUUUUGUAUAUUUUCUAGAAGUAAGCCUUACAUAAUGGAUGUAUCCCAGUCAGAUGGCCCAACAGAAAAUGAGGCUGGCGGAAUGAAGAACAUUACACAUCAGUUCGAGUUCAUGUCUAAUAGGUUGAAGGAGCAUAUGAAAUACAACAUCCUCCGUAACGCUGUGUUUUACAAGAAGAUUCCCCUGCAGAAGAAACUAAAACUUGCCCUUGAAAGAAAUAUCGGUCCCCAUGCCUAUAUAAUAGUUAACGAUACAAUCUACAAGUGCCAAGUGUUCGUACUCCGCAUCUACUGCAAGCUGUUUACCAACAACCUCAAGCGGGGUGACAUAGUCAAGUUUCCCAGGGACGCGAUGAGCAAUGAGUGCUUUGAAUUGGCCUAUACCUGGAUGACUAAUAAUGCGAUACAUUUGCCACGUGACAAGAUAAUAAAUUUGCUCGCGGCCGCAAAAUGUUUGCAGUGCAUUCCCUUGAUCAAGCGCAUCUUUGAGUUUCUUAACGACUACCGAACCCAUUGCGAACUUUUUUCAUUUAGCUGCUAUUUGAAGGCCAAAGAUAUGGGUAUGACCCAGGUAGCCGACAUGAUGGUGUCCAGAGUGACCAAGUCCUUCCUGGUACUAGUGUCCAAUGGACAGUUCAUUAAGAUGGAUAUCGACGGCGCGUGCACUCUGCUGAGAUCGAGACACUUGGCUGUACAAAACGAGAUCGAGAUUUUUUAUUCAGCUCUGCUCUGGCUAAUAUCAAACUAUGAGAUGCGCAUAAAAUACAUUCCACGUGUUUUGAGCUUGGUAAGAUUUCUUAUGAUUCCAGCCGUAUUUAUUCUUCAAUGGACGAGCAAUCUUAAAGAUCUCCGACCAGAACUUGCGAAUGUCCUAUGCCACUUUCUACACAAUGCGAUGCUGAGCCAAUUCGAAUAUUAUACGGAAACCUUUCAGUCAGAAUCUAUAAUACGCGGCAAUCGGCGCUGGGCUCAGGAUCCACAGUGUCCAUAUUUAUCACUUUUCAAUGCAAACGGUGACUCCGAUCUCUCCCCAGAUGUAUUUUUUCGCUAUCUGCGGCAAAUACAAAAUUCACCUAAAAGCUUUGUAGCUCGAUUGAUAAUGAAGGACCAUAUGGAAUAUGAAAUUGGUGAUGCACUGACGGUAAACGAAUCAUGGACAUCAGAAAAUUCCGCGGAAGAUUUGAAGGAGCCUGGAGAAUAUAACUGUGCUGUUGGAGGUACAAGUUCUACCGAAGAUUUGGAUGCCGCUCCUAAUGUGAAACAGACCUUUUAUACUUCGGCAGUCGAGUUGGAUUUGGAUUUGCUUGCUAAAAACCAUUCCGUUUUUGAUUCCGAUUUGGAUUCUUCUGAAUCCUCCUCUACAACCACAUCAAUAGAUUCCUUUACGGAUUGCAAAAACGGAUCUGGUACUGAAGUAAAUUUUCAUGCAGAACACCCAGCAAAUUCUAACGCAAGUUCUUUCUCGGACUCCACCACAUGUUCUGGUGGUGAUUCCGAAACGGAAUCCGUUCAAGAUUCCAAUGUAGCGUGUACACCAAAUUUGACUCCAGAAUCCCCCACAGAGCCCGCCACGAAUUCUGCAGAAUAUUCCGGUACAGUUUCUUCGACUUAUUCCCAAACCGAUAGGAUAAGCUCUGAGGUAUAUGAAACGUAACAUUUUUGAGUUAAAUUAUAAGAUUUUUUUUUAACUUAAAUGUU